AUGCCGCAGAUUAGUAAGAUACACCAUUCCGACCCAGUCUAUGUUAUAUCGACAGCAACCAAGAGAUCAUCAACGUCCAUUUCCUUGUUUAGACGAGAUUGGGGUGACGGGUAUUGGGAAACUUCCAAUAGUGCCAGAUGGGCUUUUUUCGCCAUCUUCAUUGUCCUCAUCAUCAUUAUUGUGCUUGGUACCAUUCGUGUUAACCAAAAAAGAGCCAAGCACGGUGUUCAGCCCAUCUAUGGAACGAGAUGGAUGACUCCACCAUCGUACAGACAAUCACAAACAGCAUAUGACCAACCGGAUCAUGUGAGAGACCCUGACUUACCAAGUUCAUAUGUGCCAACAUACACUGCCACAGCUAACGAGAAUGAUUACGAUAUGGGAUUUUACGAUUCUAAAGGUGUUUUUCAUAGAAACCCCAAUGCCAAAUCAGGUUUGAAUAUGGGUCAUGGUGGAAUUGUACAGCAGCCAGACGAGGUUUAUGCUAGAGAUGGAGGUGCAAGUGGGACUAAUAGAGUUACUGAUGAAAGCACUGGUGCUACAUAUCUCAGCAGCUCAUUUAAUGCAAACCAUCAAACUAGCAGCACCAACACAGGCACUAACAACAACAACAACAACAACAACAACAACUAUAAUGCACACAGUGACGAUGAUUUGGGUGACAUCAGUAGACCUACAGGCCCACCACCAGGAAGAACCAGUACCAGUAUCAGUUUGAGUAAUGGUGCCAAUAAUAGAAAUAUUGCAGCUUAUACUCCAACUGAAGAGAGAACAAGUACUGGAGUUGACCUGGACUCAGAUACAUCUUUUCAAAGACCUAGUGGGCCACCACCACCACAAGAACAACAGCAGGAGCCAUUACAAUCAUCCGUAUCUUCCUCUUCCAAGAAUAAUGAUGUGCUGGAAAAGACAGUUGAUGUCAAGAACUAA